AUGCCAGCCGUUGAUGCCACGUCAGCAUAUGGCGAGUUCCAUGGGGACAAGCCUUUCCGUGAAGCAAUGGCUGCUUUCAUGACACAUGCUCUCAAUCUUUCCCAUAAUCCAUCCUCAUGCAAUCCGCAUGAGGGGAUCGAGAUCGAUCCUGACCGUUUGGUGAUCACAUCUGGAGUCACUGCAGCCGUUGGAUUGCUGGCGCAUGUGCUUGCUGACGCAGGCGAUCUAUUCAUUGUUCCAACGCCUUUCUACCCAGGAUUCACAGUGGAUCUCGAGCGACAGGCAAAUGUCACUAUUAUCCCUGCUGCCACCUAUAGUGACAGUGGAUUCGAUAUAAGCACAUCCUCGUUAGAAGCCGCUCUCAGGGAGUCUCAGGGGGAGGGAGGUGAUGAGGAGCCGAAGCUGGUGGGAGGAAGGGGAGAGGAGGAUGAGAGGGCAGACAGGAGACAGGAGAGUGGAAGUAGGAAGGAGAGGGGAGGGGGGAAGAAAAGGAGGAGAGGGAAGGUUUGUGGUGUGCUGCUAUCGUCUCCUUCCAACCCUCUGGGCCGUACCUUUUCCGAUGCUACUCUUCUCAGCGUGCUGCAAUUUUGCAGGAAAAACCGUCUCCAUAUGAUUUCCGACGAAAUCUAUGCUGGUUCAGUCUAUAAUGGGGAUGGUUUCACAUCACUUCUGCACCUUGCUGAGCCUUCGGAUUAUCCUUUUCUGCACAUCGUCUAUGGACCUUCCAAGGACUUGGGUAUUCCUGGGUUCCGCAUUGGUGCUUGCUACUCCCUCAACCCCACCGUCCAAUCAGCAGUCACCAAACUCGCCCGCUUCUGCUCCCCCUCUCGCCACACCCAAGCACUCCUCGCCCCUCUAUUGAGCGACUCGGUAUUCGCACAAGCCUACCUCUCAGAGAACCAGCGCAGGCUCAGAAAAGCCUCAUCUACAGCACAAGAAGCUCUGUUGCAAAUAGGCGUGCCGUGCUUGGCUGAAAGCAACGCAGGGGUGUUUCUCUGGUGCGACUUUCGCAAGUUUAUAACGCCUAAAAACAGUUUUCAAGGAGAGGAGGAAUUGUUUCUUCGACUGCUGAGGGAAGGGAGGGUGAAUAUCACACCUGGGGGUGCAUGUGGGUGUAGCGAGUCUGGGUGGUUUAGACUCUGCUUUGCUGGUUUGCCAGAAAACGAGCUGUCAGUGGCUAUAACAAGAAUCUGCAGAACAAUACAGCCUUAA